UCUGCACCCAGCCCGAAGGCUGCGCUCGGCUCUGCCAAGGACGCGGCGCGCGUGACUUUAAGCGCGGGCUAGAGCAACCGCCAGCUGGGUGUAAACCCUUUGCGCCCGGACCGGUCCAACGACUAUAAAGAGGGCCGGCUGUCCUCUAAGCGUUACGACGACUUCAGUAGCCUGACUGCCUUUUCAUCACUUACUCCGUAGCUCCAGCUUCACCAGAUCUCGGAAUGGACCCCAACUGCUCCUGCUCCACCGGCGGCUCCUGCACUUGCUCCAGCUCCUGCGGCUGCAAGAACUGCAAGUGUACCUCCUGCAAGAAGAGCUGCUGCUCCUGCUGCCCGGUGGGCUGUUCCAAGUGUGCCCAGGGCUGUAUCUGCAAAGGCGCCUCCGACAAGUGCACGUGCUGUGCCUGAUAUGAGAGACACUGCUGCCCCCACGUGUACAUAGUAUCGGACCAACCUGGAGUCUUCCCGUACAGUUCCACCCUGUUUACUAAACUCCGUUUUCUACUGAGUAUGUGAAUAAUAAAAGCCUGUUUGAUUUUAA